AUGUUCUCUACUCUCCUAGAAAGAAUGGGAUCGCCGUCUCGACCAACAUCUCGCGAUGGUGCGACGCGUGCCUCGCCGUCAGAAUCUCUGCUUAGUGCUAUCACCGUCGACGACUCCCCGCUUGGGCAAUCCUCGUCCUCCACGCCCCCAACCAGCAUUGGUGACAGCGUCAGCAUCUCCUCGACCUCUUUGAAGCUCGAGAAUAUCGAACCAAACGAACGAGCAUCUGCGGAGCCGUCUACUGAACGUAGUCGCCGUGCCCGCUCCAGCAUUGGCACUUACAAUGUCAAGGUCCUCAGCGGCACCGCGAUACAUGCUCCUAAGAAGUACAGCAAGGACCCGUCAGCCAUUGAGUCGCGUAGAAGAACUAUAUCGGGCGACACACUUGUUAGUGCACUGGCAUCGAACAAUUCGUCAACCGAGACCGUAGAGAAGGAUGCGAACCGACUUGUGCGAGACGGGAUUGAAGCACUGGACUUGCAAUGGUCCGUCAAGGGAUUACCGAAAUCGAGAAGCCAGAUUGCUGGACUGUCAAAGGCCAAACGAGAGCUGCGAAAUCUGGCAGACACUCCUGAGUAUGCGAAAAUCGAUACGAAGCCUGUCGUACACGAGGUGUGGAGCAAUGGAAAGUUGGUUAUAGCAGAGCCCCCAAGGAAGAAGAAGAAGGUUGAAGAAGUGGCUGUGGAGAAGAAGAAACUCACACCGGAAACCGACAAGAGGCCAGAUCCCCCAAAAUUCAAAGAUGGCAAGAGAGAAAAGGUUUGGCUCAACAAGGGCCUCUAUGCGGGACAAGAGCACCGAAACUUCGAUUGGUUUGCCGACCAGUCCGGUAAGACGAGGAAAGAUAUUGUUGAUGCUACACCCUACCAACCAAACAAGUUUAUGCCUUUGCCCAUGUGGCAUGGCCAGCGAUUGUUGCACAUUGGAAGACACUUCAAACUCCCUUUCGAUGUGUGCUCACCACUUCCCCCCGGACAACCGAAGCCAGAUGAGUGGCGGAAAACCUCGAGUAACCGAUUUGUUGGCGACGCUGCAGCCAUGUGGAAGAAGUCAAGUCUUUUCGACAGUUUUUCAUCCAAGUGUGUUUGCACGCCGGAAGGCGGCUGUGACGAAGACUGUCAAAACAGAAUCAUGCUUUAUGAGUGUGAUGAUACAAACUGUGCAGCUGGCCGUGACAAGUGCACAAACCGUGCAUUUGCUGAUCUACAAGAGCGUCGGAAAGGUGGUGGCAAGUACAGAAUUGGAGUUGAAGUCAUCAAGACCGAGGACCGUGGUUAUGGUGUUCGAACUAACCGUUGCUUUGAUGCUCAUCAAAUCAUUGUUGAAUACACUGGUGAGAUUAUCACUGAAGAUGAGUGUGAUCGACGAAUGAAUGAAGAUUACAAGAACAAUGAGUGCUACUACUUGAUGUCUUUCGAUCAGAACAUGAUCAUUGAUGCCACCAAAGGAAGCAUUGCCCGCUUUGUCAACCACUCUUGCAAACCCAACUGCCGAAUGGUGAAAUGGAUUGUUGGAGGCAAGCCGCGGAUGGCCCUUUUUGCUGGUGAUGGACCCAUCAUGACUGGCGAGGAAUUGACCUACGACUACAACUUUGACCCUUUCUCUGCCAAGAACGUUCAGGAGUGCCGGUGUGGUAGCGACAAUUGCCGAGGUGUUCUUGGACCAAAACCUAAGCCUCCAGUCAAAGAAAGCAUCAAGGAGGCCGUGAAGGCGGGCGUGAAGGCAGGAAAGAGAAAGUUGAAGGAACUUCUUGGUGGGGAUGAAGACGAUAGGGAGAACUCGCGCAGUCCCAAGAAGAGGAAGAUCAAGCAAGCGAAGGGCCUCAAGAGAUCAGCUUCGUCGGCGAGCAUGAAGAUGGCGAAAGGAGCUGCAAAGGCUGUUAAGAGAACUAUCUCUGCUCAGCUUCUCAACGCUCGUCGGGCCGUCGGACCAAAGCGAGUCAUCAAGAAGACAAUGAAGGGCAGUUCAUUGAAGGUUUACGGCAACCGCAAGACCCAGAUCUCCUCGAGAAACUCGAGCUUGACCAUCGUUGCAACAGAUGGAAGUCCUAAGCGUGGAAAGGCAAAGUCUCUAAUUGGUGGCAUGACAGCAGCAACACUGACGGCGCCUCUUGAUGUCCUAAAAACGCGUCUACAAUCCGACUUCUACCAAGCUCAGCUCGCUCAAACUCGUCUUAUGAAAGGCAUCUCACCACACGCACACCUCUCCCCUCUCCGCAGCGGGCUCCUACAUUUCCGCGAAACUUUCCAAAUAUUGGGCUCUGUUCACAGAGUUGAAGGAUGGCGGGCACUGUUCAAGGGACUCGGGCCAAAUCUUCUUGGAGUGGUGCCCGCCCGAUCAAUCAAUUUCUUCGUCGUUGGAAAUGGGAAGAGGAUAAUCGCCGACUAUGGAAACAAAGGGGAGGAAUCUGCUUGGGUUGUUUUAUGUGCGGCUGCACUGGCAGGAAUAGUGACAUCAACGGUUACGAAUCCGAUUUGGUUGAUUAAGACGAGGCUACAGCUGGACAAGAAUAUUGUGGAGAAGACGGGUGGCGUAGCUGUCAGGAAGUACAGGAACUCGUGGGAUUGUAUAAAGCAGGUCGUAGGGCAGGAGGGGAUUCGAGGGUUGUAUAAGGGCAUGAGCGCGAGUUAUCUGGGUGUAACGGAGAGCACGCUGCAAUGGGUACUUUACGAGCAGAUGAAGAAAUCCUUGGCGAAGAGAGAAGAACGAAUCCUACUCAGUGGGCGGCCGAAGAAUAUUUGGGAUAGAACUUUGGAAUGGACUGGCAAUGUUGGAGCUGCUGGCGGUGCGAAGCUUGUUGCAGCUCUUGCGACCUACCCUCAUGAGGUCGCACGCACACGUCUUCGUCAAGCACCUACUGAAAACGGUCACCUCAAAUAUACCGGCCUCGUCCAAUGCUUCAAGCUGAUCUGGAAAGAAGAAGGCAUGGUAGCCAUGUACGGCGGCCUCACACCUCACCUCUUAAGAACCGUCCCCAGCGCUGCCAUCAUGUUCGGGAUGUACGAAGGAAUAUUAAAGCUAUUACAUGCACCAUCGUAG